AUGGGGUUCUCAAAGUCAACGCGGAUUAGCAUUAUGCUGGGGAUUGAUGCCGCAUUCUUUGUACUCGAACUCGGUGUAGGGUUAGCAGUUGGUUCUUUGGCGUUGAUGGCAGAUGCUUUUCACAUGCUGAACGAUAUAAUCUCGCUGGCCGUGGGUUUGUGGGCUGUAAAGGCUGCCCAGAGACCUUCAACUGAUAAGUUUUCAUUCGGGUGGUUAAGAGCUGAGCUUCUCGGUGCAUUCUUCAAUGCUGUCUUUUUGAUAGCGCUCUGUAUAUCGAUCCUACUCGAAGCCAUUCCACGUCUUGUAUCACCCCCGGAAAUUGGCAACCCUCUUCUCAUAUUGAUUGUUGGAUCAUUGGGUCUAUUGUCAAACGGUGUUGGAUUCCUUGUUUUGGGAGGGCAUGGCCAUUCUCAUGGACCUGGGGAGAAUCACGGUCACUCUCACGGGGACGACCUUAGCGCAGCUGAGGAAGGCCAUAGCCAUGCACACGAAGGCCAUGAUCACUCGCACGAGGACCAUGCCCAUAGCCACGAAAAUGGUGCCGAAAAUUCUCAUGUUCAGGAGGCCCAAUCUUACGCAGAUGCUGUGAAAGCCAAGACUGGAUCAAGCCAUAUUCGAUUUUCUGGGGAGCAUGGUAGCGGGUCGAACUCCUCAAACACAUAUAGGUCACCAAACAAGAAUAAGCACCGAAGAAGAACAAGUGGACGAUUUACGAGCAUUGAGGAUUUUAGUAUUCAUCCAGCAAGUUUCAGACAAGAAAUCAUCGAGGCCAGUAGACCUCACGAUUCGAGUGACAGCGAAACGAACGAGGAGGAGGAGGCUGUCGCUGAUGACGAUGAGGAGGAAGCAACGGAAGAAUCGAGACUAAUCAAUGGCUCAAACGGCAAAUCUAAUGGGACGAUGAGCCACAGCCAUACUCACAAGCACAAUCAUUCUCGCACUCGAGGAACGAGAAGCGAUUCAUUACACGCCAACCACAAUCACAAGAAACCUAAGAAAGCUAGCAAAGGAGGCCAUGGCCAUAAUCAUGCUGAUAUGGGUAUGAAUGCCAUGAUUCUUCACGUCAUUGGAGAUGCUCUUGGAAACGUCGGUGUAAUUGUCUCGGCCCUCGUUAUCAUGUUUACCGAAUGGUCUGGGAAAUACUAUGCUGAUCCUAUCGUCUCGCUUUUCAUUACUUUGAUCAUCCUCAAAUCAACAAUUCCACUCACAGCCGCUAGCGCUCGGAUCCUUCUUCAGGCAACUCCAGAUCAUAUCGACGUUAAUGAGGUAAAGGAAGAUAUCCAAGAUAUUCCUGGAGUUGUGAGCUGCCAUCAUGUUCACAUCUGGCAGCUCAGUGAUACCCAACUCGUAGCAUCCAUGCACAUUCAAAUAUCCUUCCCCAUCAGCGAGGCGGGAGGUGAAAAGUACAUGGAGCUUGCAAGAGCUGCGAGAAAAUGUCUCCACGAGUUCGGAAUCCACAGCGCAACUAUACAACCAGAAUUCUGCACCGACAAAGACCACGACCAUAACUCCCUCGAUGGAGCCACCGGAAUGGGUCUCGAUGGUAUAGUCGGCCAGCCAAGAUGUCGUAUGGAUGACGACUGCCUACUAGAAUGCGUCGACGACUGCAAAAGCAAGGGAUGCUGCUCAAAUGCAGCGGUAGACCCUGAGCACGACCACUCAGAACACGAUGGUCACACACACUAA